AUGGACAUACAGCAGCUAUGUGGCCUGCUGCAGGCCUGCGUGGGCACCAACUCCGAGGAGAUUAAGCGGGCGGACGCGCUGCUCAAGCAGCACGAGGUGGAGAGGGGGUUCGUGUUCAGCCUGCUGAGGGUGUCGGUGGAGGCGUCGCUGGACGUCUCUAUCCGGCAGGUGGCGGCGAUCACGUUCAAGCGGGUGGUGGAGCGCCGGUGGGAGCCCAGGGACAAAGAUGAAGAGAGCCCUCUGCACCCAGAUGACAAGAACGAAGUCCGGAAUAACUUCCUUGCCGCCAUCGUUCAGACUCCUCCUUUGAUACAGAAGCAGCUGAUGGAGGUUCUCAAAACUAUUGUUUCUGUGGACUUUCCGGAGAACUGGCCGGGCCUCAAGGAUGCCAUCAUGGAGAAUCUCUUUGCUCAGGAUGAGAACAAAGUGUUCGGAGCCAUGCAGGCCCUGCGGGCUAUUGCCCGAAAGUACGAGUUCAAGAAACAGGAGGAGCGCGGCGUCCUUGAUGAGGUCCUGGCCGCCACACUGCCUAAGCUGCUGGAGGUUAUGCGGUCCAUCGCGAUUAACACCAACCCAGCCCCAAUGUAUGCAGAGCUGCAGAAGGUGCUGUGCAAGAUCUUCUGGUCGCUGACCUACACAACCAUCCCACCGAUCCUGCAGGUCGAAGCCAAUUUCGACUCGCUGUUGGAGUCCCUCCUCAUCUUAGUGAAGAAGGAGCUGCCCAUGGCUCACCUCCCUGCAAGUGAAGCUGACCAGGACACCUGGUGCUGGUGGAAGGCCAAGAAAUGGGUGUUGCACAUCACAGAGCGCAUCUUCAAGAACUACAGCCAGCCUGAUGCUUGCAAGGAAGAGAACAAACCUUUUGCUGAGUUGUACCAGAAAAAAUGCCUGGUCCAGAUGCUGCAGGCACACUUGCAGCAGCUGUCGACUGUGAUGCAGCUCGCCCGGCCAAACGACCGAGUCCUCAACCUGUGCCUCAAGCACAUGACGCUUGCUGUCACGCACCAGGAGGGCUUCAGAGUGGUGAAGGAACACAUGAAGUCGAUGCUCAUGAACGUGGCCUUCCCCUUGCUCUGCUUCAGCGAAGAGGAUGAACACCUAUUUAGGGAAGACCCCAAUGAGUACAUAAGAAAAGGAUACGACAUUGUGGAGGACAUCUACAGUGUGAAGGUUGCCGCUGUCAAUUUCGUAUUCGAGCUGUGCAGGACUCGUAGCAAGCUGGCCCUUCCAGGCCUGCUUCAGCACAUUGUGGGCAUAAUGCAGCAACACCAGGCAGCCCUCCAGCCUGGUAAUGUUCCAGCUGAUAUCGCCAGGAAGAUGGAUGGGGCCUUGCUGGCCAUCGGGACACUCACAGAUGUCCUCAAGAAAAAGAAAGCCUAUAAGGCUGACCUGGAGCCAAUGCUGAUUCAGCAUGUGAUGCCAUGCUUCAACAGUGCAUAUGGGCACCUGCGGGCGCGAGCGUGCUGGGUCGCUGGCAUGCUUGUUGGCAUUGAGUUCAAGGAGGGUGGAGGAACUUUCAAUGCCCUCUUCCAUCAAGUGGUCAAUUGCAUGAAGGAUGCAGAGUUGCCAGUGCGAGUUGAUGCUGUCGUUGCACUGCGGAGUUUUGUGGAUGUCCUAGAGGACCUCGACCAGCUCAAGCCCAUACUUCCAAACUUUUUAGAUGAAUUCUUCAAGCUGAUGAAUGAGGUCGAAAAUGAGGACAUGGUCUUCACCCUGGAGUCCAUUGUUGAGAAGCUGGACGACGAAAUCGCACCCUAUGCAGACCACCUAGGCAAGAACCUCGUUGCCGCCUUCUUCAAAUGUGUGGACGCAAACCAGGAAGAUGAGGAUGGUGACGACCUGGGGGCGAUUGCUGCCUAUGGUUGCUUGCGUGCCCUGAACACGCUGGUGGACAGUGUGCGCAGCCAGCCAGCCAUAUUCUCACAGCUCGAGGAGAUAUGCUUUCCAAUAAUGGACCGCAUGACCUCCAGAGAGGCCAUCGAGGUGUUUGAGGACGUGAUGGAGAUGGUGACACUGUUCAUGAUGUUCAGCCCAAAGAUUACGCCGCGCAUGUGGACACUGUGGCCCAAGAUGCACGAGUCGCUGAUGGACUGGGCCAUCGAUUACUAUGAGUACAUGCGGGUGCCCUUUGAAAUGUUCAUUUCAAGGGCGACAGAAGUGUUCCUGCGCAGCAAGGAGCCCAACUACCUGGCAUCAGUAAACCAGAUCAUAGAGUACACCAUGACUGGCGACUUCAGGGAAGUGGACAUAGCUCCCUCCUUUGCGCUGAUGAGCGUCGUCCUGCAGACUUGCCGCGGCCACGUGGACGGCUGUGUUGGCAUCUACCUCACCCUGUGCCUUAAGAGGCUGGCAGCCGCAGAGAGCGAAUCGACAAAGGUGCUGGUGAUGCUGGUGGUUGCCAACGCGUUGUAUUAUCACCCUAAACUGACGGUGCAGGCCCUGCAGCAAGCGGGCGCCACGCAGGCGGUGUUCAACACAUGGUUCGAGAUGAUCCUGUCAGGAGGUCAGGAUGAGAAGGAAAAGCAUUUCAAGAGCAUGAACAAGAAGAAGGUGUGCAUCUUGGGCUUGUGUUCACUCAUCACGCUGCCGGACAAUGAGGUUCCACAGGAGCUCCACAACGGCCUAGGUCAGAUUUUGGCAGGAAUCAUGAAGCUACUUGCCGCCUGGAGAGCUCAAGAAGAGACCCAGGGCCAGGAGGAAGACUCCUCGUCCUCCGACGAGUACCUCUCCGACGACGACGACGACGACGACGACGACGAGGAGGAGGAGGAGGAGGCCGACGGCGCCGGCAGCGGCCACGACUCGGACACCCUGAUCCGCCUUGAGAAGGAUGCGCGGCGGAUGCUGGGUCUGGGGGCCGACUCCGACUACAGCGACGACAGCGACGACGACGACGAGAAGAACCUCGAGACGCCGCUCACGGGCGUGGACCCCUUCGGCGUCUUCGCCGACUCGAUGGCGAUGCUGGAGAAGACGAACCCGGGGCGGGUGCAGGGGUUCAUGUCGGCCGCGGACGCUGGCACGCAGAACGCGAUACGUGCAAUGAUGGAGCUCGGGGCGCAGAGGAAGGUGGACGGCGGGCGCCUGAACGGGAACGCCAACGCGGGCGGGGCGCAGUAA